CGAGAAAGGUGCUAUCGUGUUUCUUCUGAAGGAUCUAAGAUCUCUAGUUGAUAUUCCUGGGUCUUUGUUGAACGAAAGUGUAUUUCCUUUCGUGGGAACUGUGUUGUAAAGGAGAUUUUCCCAGUUGUUAAACAAUAAUGGAUUUUAAAAGUGUUAAUUCUAUGUUUAACGCACGAUAUAGUUUUCCAUAAAGCAUGCAGAAUCCAAUAGAAGCCUGUUUGAUCAUCCCAAUGAUGCUCUUGGUACCCAUGAUCGAAUCUUCUAGUAUCGCUUGUUUACGACACGGAGAUAAAACCUGUUCUGGACAUACAUUGACUUGUGAAGAUGGAAAAGUUAUAAGGAUUAUAGAUGCGGUGUUUGGAUUUAGAAUAGGUUGUGGUCCACAAUUGGCACCAAAACAUAGCACCUGCUCCUCGCCGUGUUGCCAAUAUAUGGAAGAUGAUUGUUUUUUAGAAUUCUCUGAGAAUGAGCUGCGUGAGGUUAACUCUAAUUGUUCGGGAAAAGAAGACUGUAAAUUUACCAAAUUUGCCUUUCAUAUUACACAAAAUCCUUCAGAAUGUAAAGAUAAAAAUAUUUAUAUCAAUGCUUACACUAGAAUAAACUAUGAAUGUGUUAGUCGAAGGACAUCCUCGACAUCAAAAUGGCCUUGGACACGGUCAUCAGUAGAGCCAUUAUCCAAGAUUCAAACACCAAUUACCACAUCUCAAACAGCUAUCGUUUCGUCUCAGAGUGAAGCAAACACUACAACAAGCCCAAUCAAAGUUGCUAGUACAACAGUUAAAACCCACACAGACCAUCAGUCUAAUAAGCAACCAUCAGGAGCUGUAAUAGGGGGUAUAGUCAGUGGUGUUAUACUGAUGGUUGUUCUAAUAAUGAUUACUAUAUUCUUCAUUAAACGACACAGAAUGAAUCCGAUGCAAGCACCUAAGCGCCACAUGCCGAGAACUGUUUCUCGAGAAAUUCGAAUUUCAGCACCUAUCGCUCUUCAAAAUACCACAAAUACUACGAUUUGUAAUAGUCAGCAAAAUUGUCGUAAUUCCAAUUCUAACUCUGAAUAUGAAAAUGUUGAAGCUGAAAGCUUGCAGACUUUCUAUUCAAGCCUGAGUCCGGAAACACAAUCUGAGCUUCAACCUCCUGGUGGUGACACCUAUAAUCAUUUAGGAGAGGAUAACUCCCAAAGUCUGGAUCUUAGCGAUUAUAAUCAUACAAGUGAUUUUUGUGAAUACAGUGAUAAUUACCAUCAUAUAAGCGCAGACGAAUUUAAAAGGCGGGAAGCAAAUUUGGUGAAUUGUGACUAUAACCAUAUUCAUGAUACUAUUGAAGAGAAGAAAUCUACAUAA